AUGGCUGUACAGACGUUUUAUCUUCUCGGCAAUCCCGUCACGUCCGCAAAACAAAUCGAGAUCGAGUCGAACAUUGGCCUCGACGGACUCAAGCACUUGAUUGCCGCGCACUUCGCUAUCGUCGAACCAAAUGUAGGAAUUGCCUUCCAGUUCGAAGAUGCCGAACUCGCCGAUGUUCCAGACAUCACUUUUGCUCAAGGAUCGGUGACGAUCACGAUUGAUGGCCACGCCGUCCGCGAUCGGCGACUUUUCGAGCGAUUCGGUCCGGUUAUUCAGACUAAUAACAUGGGUCGUGUGACCUACCAAACCAACGAUCCGAACAUCGCCGCUAUUGCCUGUGUCGAAUCCCACUUUUUCACCAAGGAGAUCAACAAAGCCCAUCCCCUUUAUGCCCUGAAGACCCCUUCUGCCGGGGUCUUCCUAGGUGAUACCGAUACUCCUGAAUGGAGAGUGGCUCACAAAUUCAUCCUCCCGGCACUAGAUCCUAAAGCGGUUCGCCACUACGCACCUACCAUGCAAAAGACCGUCAAAGAUGCCUGCAAAGUCUUCGAUAAGUUGGAUGAGCAGGGUGAAGCCUGGAAUGUCUACCAGUAUAUGCUGAAGCUUGGUGCUCAGGCUGUGGGCAAGCUUACUCUGGGCUUGGACUUCGAGCACUUUACUUCGCCUGACGCACCUGUUCACGAGAUGGUUCACCUAAUUGCUGAGCUGCUCUCGUUGAAUAAGAAGGUCACUUCGAAGGGUAACUGGUAUAGCAGUCUGCCCUUUGGCGACAAUAAGCGCCUAAAGGAAGUCAAGAGUCGUAUUGAGGGAAUGGUUGAGCAAUCUAUACAGAAUGCUGCCAGAGGUGGUGCAGAUGACCUCCCACUACAAGAUGCGGCAUUACAGGCAUCAAACAUGGCUGACUGUGCUAUCCGUGCUACUGACAAUAAGGGCGAGAAGUUGCCGAAAGAAAGUCUCAUCUGGGCUCUGGUCGUCGCGACAGUCACCUACCAGGGCAUGCAGGAGAGACUUCUCCAAGAACUUAUUGACAACAAUUUCGACAAUCAGACAGAGAUCACUGCCGAUUUUACUAAUCGCCUAGUCUUCCAAGAUAAGUAUAUCAAGGAGAUGCAGCGCAGACACAACCCGUUCUUUCCAACCUGGGCGGACCGCAAAGACCGACCUUAUCCUUCCUGGGGUUACAGAAUUCCCAAGGACGCAGUUAUUAUCCCUGCUAUUCACCAUAUCCACAACAACCCCGAGCUCUGGGACAACCCCUACAAGUUCGACCCAGACCGUUGGGACACCUCGGAGGUCAAGAAUAGACACAAGGCCUCUUACGUUCCAUUCGGUGCUGGUCCGCGUAUGUGCAUCGGGUUCAAGUUUGCACUCCAAGAGAUCAUUCUCCCGAAGCUGAUCUACAACUAUAAGUUUGUUCGCGAGGGCGACGGACCCAUCGAGUACGACCCAAUAUUCCAGCUUAUCCACCCAAACAACUUGGAUGUUCGCGCUCACAAGCGAGUCAAGUGCCCCCCACCCACCACCAAAAAGACUGAGGCUGCUGUUUGA